AUGGAGGAAGAUCUUUUUCAAGGCGAUCUGCAAGAGUAUCUAGAGAACGGGAACUUGUACGAUCGCUGCUACUUUCAAUGGAGCUUGAUUCAAUGUCUGUUCCAAGAGAAGCAUCUGUUGCUGGAAAUGGAGUUUUCGGCUGAUGAAGCAGCGAAGAAUGCGACCACGCUUGAUUAUGCCAAGCAAACAACCAAGCUCUUAGAACGUGCCGUUAACGCUGUGAUCAAGGGUGCACUCAUCAAGUCUGUCAAUAUUACAGCGCACACGACAAUUAAAGAGGUUCAAACAGUCUACGAGCAAAUCGCUCACGGAAAGUGUUCUAUCCUUAUUCUCUACAAUUUGGAUAUGGCUUCUAGCCCGAUGCUUUCGUACGUGUUUCACAACAUCCUCAUGGUUCCACAAGAUCGUUUAUUCUGCUGUAUCGUAGCUGUUCGUUACCAAAUGAAUCCCUUUCCUUGUUCCUCUGGACUGAUGGUUCUGACCUUCCCCGCAAUCCUCGACACCACCUACCAGAAUCUCUUCCAUCUGACCAUCCCCCUGCACAUCCCCGACACCAAGCAAUUAACCUUAUGGCGGCUUCUAGGCCUGGUCGAGAACCAAGCCAAGCUCACCGAAGACCUCUCCAACGGGCUGUCCUGCGAGAAAACCGAGGAGGAACUGAAGCGGAACCUGUACUACCGCCUCACCGUCGACGAACUGCGCGAAAUGAAAAUGAAGCUCCCUCAGAUUUACAUGAGUUUGGAGUGUAAGCAGCGCGUGGGCGAGAUCAUCGUGGCGGCGCGUCAGCACCCGCAGACGGCGAGUUACAGCCCUGCGAACUCGCUGCUGGCGCAUUUUUCGGUGGUUUGUUUGUCGGCGUUGCUGGACGGGAAGACGUUCGUUCUGCCGCAUCACAUUGAGUAG